AUGGUGGACAACAGAGAUGCAGAUAACCGCAGCGACGCGGAAAAAGGACCUGUCGUACGGACAAUCGAUAAUAUACGGGUGGUUGGCCUGACUGACGACGAUGCUACGUUCUACGACAAUUUCGGACCUGAUAACCGGAAGAAGCUCGUGCGCAAAGUCGACGUGCGUCUCGUUCCUAUGCUGUCAGUUCUUUAUUUAAUCUCACAACUCGAUCGAGCGAAUAUCGGUAAUGCCAAGAUCGAAGGCAUGGAUAAAGAUCUAGGGUUGAGCGGUGUACAGUACAACAUUGCACUUUCUCUAUUUUUCGUUCCAUAUAUUCUUUUCGAAAUCCCCAGUAAUAUGUUGCUGAAGAAAUUUGCGAGACCCUCAGUAUACCUAGGCACUCUAGUCACCUCUUGGGGCAUAAUUAUGAUGUGCCACGGCUUUGUAAAGAAUUUUGCAGGCCUGAUGGUGGUUCGAAUGAUGCUUGGAGUUCUGGAGGCAGGGUUCUAUCCCGGCGCCGUGUAUCUCUGUACCUUUUGGUAUAUGCCGAAGGAACUCGCGACACGAAUUUCGGUCUUUUACUGCUUCAGUGCACUAUCUGGGGCUUUCUCCGGUCUGCUAGCUGCUGGCAUCGCCGAGAUGAACGGGAUCGGUGGGUUUAAAGGAUGGCAAUGGAUUUUUAUUCUCGAGGGCAUAUUGACAAUCAUUAUGGGCAUAUUGUGCUUUCCUCUUCUGAUCGAUUCCCCACGACUCUCUCACCGAUGGUUGAACUCCAAUGAGAUCAGAUAUCUCGAGUUACAGCUUUUCAUCAAGCAGGGUGGUCGUUUCUCCGCCGAAGAGGAGAAUACCAGUCAUCAUUGGCAGGAUUUCAAGGCCGUGAUCACUAAUCCUCGGAUGUGGGGCCAAGCUUAUAUCCUUCUUUGUAUCUCUGCCUGCUCUUACGGAAACAAGUUCACACUUCCCUCCAUUACCAAGGCAAUGGGAUUUACAAACACCAAAGCACAACUGAUGACUGUACCUCCAUACAUCGCCGGUGCUAUUUCAUCAAUCUUCUUCGCGCGCCUUUCAGACCACUUUUAUUGGCGCAUGCCUUUUGUCGCCAUGCCCCUAACCCUGAUCGCUGUCGGUUACAGCAUCAUUAUCUCGUUCAAGGGCAAUCUACCUGGUCACAUCGGUGCCAGUAUGUUGGCUGUCAUCAUCGCGUGCAUGGGCAUCUAUCCUGUCCAGCCGGCAUGCAGUUCCUGGGCAGCUAACAAUAUUGCCCCAUCGUCUCGACGAGCUGUUGGUGUGGCUUUCGUGAUUGCGACGGGCAACAUCGGAGGCAUCAUCGGCAGUUAUAUGUUUUUCGACUACGAGGCUCCAAGUUAUUAUACCGGCUAUGGACUGGCCAUCGCUUUCGGUAUCACAGGAGUUCUCAUGUCUUUUGUCCUAGAAUUUUCGUACGUUUGGUCUAACAAAAAGCGCGCCAAGCUUUCGGAGCAUGAUAUACGCUCGACGUAUUCUGAGGAUGACUUACUGCGGAUGGGUGACAGGUCGCCACUCUUCAAAUACACAACAUGA